AUGAACAGCGCAAAGAGAAGAAAGGUCGGCCAGGAUGCGCCCAGGAAGACUAAGCCCGUCGUCCAAGAGAAGCCCCCUCAACCCGAGCCUGAAUCCUCUAGCAAUGAAGAAUCCGAAGAAGAAUCUGCGACUCUAGAGGAGCCUUCCGCCGAGGAGGCAGCUGUUGAUGCUCCCAAGAAGACCUUUAAGGAUCUGGGUGUUAACGAUGCUCUCUGCGAAGCUUGCGAAAAGCUCAACUACAAGUACCCCACGCCCAUUCAAGAGAAGUCGAUCCCUGUCGCCCUCGAGGGCCGCGAUAUCAUCGGUCUCGCCGAAACUGGUAGUGGAAAGACCGCCGCAUUUGCCCUGCCUGUCCUCCAGGCUCUUCUCGACAAGCCUCAGCCUCUGUUCGGUCUCGUUCUCGCCCCCACCCGUGAAUUGGCAACACAGAUUGGUCAAGCCUUCGAAGCUCUCGGAGCCCUCAUUUCUCUGCGAUGCGCUGUAAUUGUCGGAGGUCUGGAUAUGGUUCCUCAAGCUAUUGCGCUUGGAAAGAAGCCUCACAUUAUCGUUGCGACACCCGGUCGUCUUGUGGACCACCUUGAGAAGACCAAGGGCUUUUCGCUGCGAACUCUCCGAUACCUGAUCAUGGACGAGGCUGAUCGACUUCUCGACAUGGAUUUCGGACCCAGCAUUGACAAGAUUCUCAAGUUUAUCCCCCGAGAGCGACGCACAUACCUUUUCUCUGCCACAAUCAGCUCCAAGAUUGAAAGCUUGCAGCGCGCCAGUUUGAGGGAUCCUGUCCGAGUGAGCAUCAGCUCCAACAAGUACCAGACUGUGUCAACUCUGCUCCAGCACUACUGCUUCAUUCCUCAUGCUCAGAAGGAUGUAUACUUCAUCUACCUUGUCAACGAGCAUGCUGGACAGUCUAUGAUCGUCUUCACACGAACUGUCUGGGAGACACAGCGCAUUUCCAUCCUAUUAAGAACACUUGGUUUCGGCGCCAUUCCCCUUCAUGGUCAGCUCUCUCAAUCAUCCCGUCUAGGAGCCCUCAACAAGUUCCGUGCUGGUACACGAGACAUCCUGGUCGCUACCGAUGUCGCUGCCCGUGGUCUGGAUAUCCCUUCAGUCGAUGUUGUUCUCAACUACGAUGUGCCCCAGGACUCAAAGACAUACGUUCACAGAGUCGGACGAACUGCCCGUGCUGGUAAGUCCGGUGUUGCCAUCAACAUCGUUACCCAAUUCGACCUCGAAAUCUACCUACGAAUUGAGGCCGCUCUCGGCAAGAAGCUCGGAGAGUACCCCACAGAGAAGGAGGAGGUCAUGACUUUCCAGCACCGAGUCCAGGAGGCUCAACGCCAUGCUAGAAUUGAGAUGAAGUCCUUCGUCGAGAACAAGGGCAAGAAGAGUGGCGCAGCCCGUGGCAAGAAGGGCGGUAAGAGAGGUAGAGAUGACAUGGACAGAGAGGAGGGCUAA